ACCCCAUCGCAAAGAAACUCGUCAAUCCUCAACUCACAUCGGUCUACAGACUUAGCAAAGAAAAGAACAGAAAACAAAAAACAGAAUAACAAAAUGUCAGCUCCAGUGUGGCUCAUCACGGGUACCUCCAACGGCUUGGGCCUUGUUCUGGCCCUUCGCGUUCUUCGCGCGGGGCAUCGUGUCGUGGCCUCUGUACGCAACAAGACUAAAGCCGCCGCUGCAGUGCAGCAAAUUGAGCAGGCAGGAGGCUCUGUGAUUGAAAUGGACAUGACAGAGUCCCAGGCCAGUAUUUCAAGCAAAGUGCAAGCUAUCGGUCGCAUUGACUAUCUGGUCAACAAUGCUGGCUACUCUAUUCUUGCCCCGUGCGAGACAAUCACUGAGAAGGAUGCAACACUUCAACUAGCUACCAAUUUCUUUGGUCCGCUGUACACUUUGCAGGCGGCCCUCCCAGCCAUGCGAGCCCAGCGCUCGGGAACCAUUGUCAACGUUUCUAGUGUCGCGGCCCAGGACCCCUUGCCUGCAUGCUCUCUGUACAGUGCAUCGAAAGCUGCGCUAGAAGCAGCAUCCGAGUCUCUUGCAAAAGAAGUAGCUCCCCAUAACAUUCGCGUGUUGAUUGUCGAGCCGGGCAAUUUCCGCACCAACUUUGUCAGCGCUUUGGCUCAAGCAAGCCCUGAUCCGACCACUGUCCCGCCACAUUACGACGACCCAGUUGGUAACGUGAUUCGCAAGUUUCUCACUGUGCACGGCAAGCAAAUGGGCGAUCCCGAGAAGGGCGCCGAUCGUAUAUUUGAGGCCUGCACAGGAACCGGCAUGGCCGGUCAUCUGACGGGAAAUGUCUCAAGACUAGUUCUCGGGAGCGAUGCGCAUACCAGGAUGAAGAAGAGCAGCGAGAAGUUUGUUCAUGAGUUGAGUUUACAAGAAGAAACUGCCGCUAGCACUGCUUUUGAGUAAAAUACAAGAUCAAUUGUCAAUGCAGUG